AUAAUUAUGAGACUGUGAGCAAGCUGGCGUGCUUGAUAAUGUAUGGCUCCUUAUUUAUCUCAGUUUACCUGAUGGCUUCAUAUAUGACCAAGACAUCCAGACAGGUUUGCAGGUUGCUGGCAUAGCAGAAGUUUGGGCAGUAUGUGUGUCAGAAGUAGAAAUCACCUGUCUCACAGCUACUCCUUAUGCUGCUGAUUCAGAGGAGUCUGUGCAUAGCCUGUAAAACUUCCUUUCUUAUUAGGGAUAAUAUGAUAAUGGGAUAAUUCCUCUUUGUGAAGUGAUCAGAUACAAAAGGAUACAGAGGUUGUAAAAAGGGAGAAAUCCAGUUACACUGUUUAUUAAUUUCAGGUACAAAAUUAGAGCCUACUCUUUGCCACUCAAAUGCAUACAUCAUUACUCAUUACAUGUGAACCUUGGUAUACUCCCUAUUUCAUAGAUUUCCUAACCGAAGAACAUUCUGUUUGGAUCCAAUUAACUUUUACAGCUGUUUUUCCUGCAACAGUCAAGUAAUGAACCUGUUACUUUUUUUAAUCUGCCCUAAAAAACAUGCAUAAUGUUCUUGCCACAAAAAAAGGAUACAAAAGUGGUACAUCAAGCUGCAGAAUAACAUGAUAUUCUUACACAGAGUAAAUACAGUUUCCUUUAGAAUUUUCUUGAAUGCAACCUAGUAAUAAACUCUUAAAUUGAUUCUUACACAAGUUUUCAGAUUAUGAAAUACUUGUAAACACAAAAUUCAGUUUAUGUUGGACUUCGCGUCAAACUUACGUCCCCAGUCUUGAUUGUGAAUUGGAUCUAAAUUGAUGAAAUUAUUUGAAAGAUAUUAAUAGCAUUUUAUUGCUGAAGCUAGGCAAGAACAGUAAAAGUAUUCCAGCUAUCCCAGCUAUUAGAUCGCCUGAUCUUUCUGACCUUUUCUGGGCCAGGAUAUGAAACCUAAGGAGGAGACAGAACAAGAGGCUAGAAUUAUCUAGGGCCUAGAUUAAAAAAAAUAAAUAUAAUGUUCAGACACUGAGCACCUUUUAAGGUUGUUAUGUUCCUACUUGUUUUCAUUUGGAAAUUAAAAGCUUAAGUUCUCUUUUUUAGUACCUGAGUCACAGCACAGACUAGCCCAGUCAACACAAGCAAUGAAUAAUCAUUAUCUUUUUUCAUGGGAUAUUAACCAGUUGUCUCAUUUCAUUCCUCCGUGGCAGUGUGCCUAAAUUCACAGAAGUCUAAAGUCUGUCUCCACACACCCUUCCCCUGCCCUGAGUUCCCUGAUGCAGCUGUUCCCAUGUAUUGUCUGCUUCUGUUUGGCACUGGUACAAGCCCAAACCCUGUGCUUUGGCAUGUCCUGGAUCCCAUCCUUUGGGAUUGUUGCCAGCAUCUUUUUCCUAAGCUUUGCAAAUGAAAUAAGGGACUUUCUCAUUUUAAUGCUUAUAGCUUUGCAAAGGUGGAGAUGAAUGAAACAAAGGAGGGACUUUGUUACAGCUUUCUGUUUCACCUGCCAAACACCAUGGUUCUACAGAGGAAAGAUGUGUAAGGACUACUUAAAGAGGUCCAAGAACCCUUGCAAUGUUGGCCAAUAUAAAGGAACCAGUAAUGAAGAAUGACCACGUCAACUAAAGAUAAUUUACAUGUAGCUUUUCCAGAAUAGACCUGUAUCAGUGAAGUUAAUUUAGUAUUGAAAUCAAGAAUACAGAAAAAAUGCAAGUCCCUUUGGCAUAAUAAAAUGCAUAACCCAAUUUGCCUGUGUAGAAAGCACUAUGAGCAGGUGGUAUCAGGAAAAAGACUCUGUUGUAGGAAAGCAUUUAGAUUAAUUCUGACUUUCCUUUACAUGAAGUGAUGAGAGGAUGACAAAGUGACAGACUAAUGUAUGAUGAAAUUUACUAAGCAGAAUUUUAUUUUUUUACUUGGUGGAAUUAUAAUUUAUGUAGUUGAUAUUGGAGUGGACUUCUGGGUAGCUAGUAAAUAUUUCUGUCAAGGACAGUAUUCUUGGAGUAUAUUGAUACUGUGUUUUAGAGGUCUUUCAUUAUUAAUAACUCAGAUAUUCAGUUAUGAGUGGUUUAAAAAUGACUGGGAAUGUAUUGAUACUGGGAAGAUGAAAUGGAUUUUCCUAGUUCAUCUCUUCCAGUGUGGAAUUUUUAUAAGGUAUUGGUUUGCUUUGAAAUAUGGCUACCAAGCUGCAUUUAAACAAAAAAGCAGUGGAGAUGCAUCAGAAACUGACUCUCCCAACCUCCUUGAAAAACAAGCUGUUGAUGUAGUAACUGAUAUUAACAUGCUCAGGGUAUUCAAGACUUUUCUUGAGACCACACCACAACUUUGUGUCCAGAUUUAUAUCCUCAUGGAAUAUGGCAAAAGUAAUUUCUCUCAAUAUGUUGCCAUUAUUAUGUCCUUUUGUGGUAUCUCCUUUUCAGCGGUUGAUUAUCAGAUUUCAUUACGAAAAUCUCUGCCUGAUAAAGAUGAAUUUCCUGUGCUUUCCAAGGUAGUGUAUCUCUUCUACAAACUGCUUACCAUCACUUCUUGGAUACUCAGUAUUACACUGAUCACGCUACUAAGUGUUAGAAGUUCUGUAAUUCUGCUGAUACUUCUUUGGAUCUGUGGCUUCACCUGGACUGUGAAACAACAUACAACAUUUUGCAAAUCAAAGAAGAUGGAAUAUCUGUACAGAACUGUUGUUGGAAUCAUUCUAAUUUUUACCUUUUUUAACAUAAAGGGGAGAAAAACAAAAGUUUGCAUUUCUAUUUAUUAUGCUACUCACACUGUUGUAACUCUAGGUAUUCUGUUUGUAUACCUGUUCUGGAAACCUUCCAUUAUUAAGGAAAUAAGUUUUACAAUUGUGAGCAUCCUAAGUAUUCUUAGUCUGGUGUUAGGUAUUAUUUUUCUUGUUGUUUAUUAUAGGCGUUUUCAUCCCACUGCUUACUGCAGACCACAGGCAUGUUCAGAUGAAGUUGAUGGAGAAGCUGGACACAAAGAUAGAGUGAAAAUCUGUAGAUUUCAAAAUUUCAUAAUGCAGUGAACAAUGUAGGUUUUUUUUUUUAUUGUGUGGACUUCAAAGCAAAUGCUGCUGGACAGCCUGUUCCUCUGUCAUUUUUUCUCAUGUAUUGUGGUUGAGUAGUGCAUAAUGGAUCAGAGUUACUUGCUCUGAAUAACUAUUGUUUUCAGUGAUGCUCUACAAAGCCUUUCUAACAUGAAUAUUUCUUUAUGUUCUGGUCAAAGUAACUUUUGAAAAAAAGUAAUUUAAUCCAGCCAACACAAUCCACUGUUUCCAUUUUUAGCAAUGCGAAUAAAACAUAGGGAAUGCUAAAAGUUAAUCAAAUCAAAGCUAGCAUUAAAACAAUAUUCUAUUAAUUUAUGUUGACUCUAUUGAAAACAAAGCUUGCUUUUCUGUUCUUGCUGGAAGGAAAGGAGUGUAUUUGAAAUAAUAGAGGGUGGUGAUCAGUUAUCUGCUUCUCCCCAUUAGCGUAAAAGCUGCAGUUCUUUAGAUGAGGAGAGUUACAAAUUGUGUGACCUUCUUUCUAAAUAUCCCCUGAAGAAGAAUAGCUUUGAUUUAUGGCUCAAUCACUGUCUUGCCACAAGAAAAUUUGGAGAGCUAUUUUCAAGUAUUUUAACUUCUAGGUGUUUUAAUGACCCCUUUAUUGGUUUUGUUCUGAUAAUCUCUCACAACCUUCUGUGUUUAGGGGUGAUGCCAGCUUGUUCCUCUGGAUUAUAAUAGCAGCCUGAGUGAUUUAUGGAUGGCAACAUGAGUCUUGCAUAUAAAAGAACUAUCUUCCUUGAAGCUUUCCUCUCUUUUGAGCUCUAAGAUUUAAUACUUUAAAUGCUGGUUUCUGUUGAAAAAGGAGGCUAUGCAAGGUAUGCAGUGGUGCAGUUUCUUUUGUCACUGUAGAAAAGAGAAGCAACUGUCCUGAUGCAUUGCACUUACAGGGUUUGGGAAUGAUAGAAUAAUCAGCUUGUCCCUCAAGAUUUUUUGGCAGAUGGCAGAGUGAAAUUGGGCAAAAUUUCAGUCCUGUGUUCAAAUGCUAAAUCCAUAACAAUGGGAAUAAGGUAGAUAGCCA